AGUUUUAACUUAGUGUGUCAUAAUAAGUCAUAACAAAAUAGUAAUGUUUAUUAUAAUUAAAAUUUAUAACCUGAAGCCACCGAUGAAAAUAAAAUUACAUGCCAUGGUCAUAGGCUUAAGUUAUCUAGCCUAAGGAUUAGUUUAUUUUAUGUUAUAAAACUAGUGCAAUUCAAAUAUUCUCAACAUCAUCUCGAAAGGAACCUAUGAGAUUUCAAAUUAAUGUUAUUUGAAAAAUAUGUCGGAAAUAAAGUUAUGCAGAAUUUGUUUACAAACAGAAAUUAAGCUUUACAACGUGCACCAAUACCAACUGAAAACGUAUUAUGAUGAAGUGAUAAAUAAUAUUAACUCCGAUAUGGAUGAUCUACCCCAAUACUUCUGUUUCGAGUGUGCAUAUUUGCUGUAUAAGUUUCACAAGUUCAAAGAAAAGUGUAGUAUUGGUUAUAAAAUACUGACAGAGAUGUUAUGUCGAGGCCCAAUAACCAACAACACAAUUAACGAUUCAUAUACAUUUAACUCAAAUAUGAAACCAUCGUUAAAGAUAGUGAAUGUGUUUGAAAUUAACUAUACUUUCAAAGAGGAGCCCAAAUAUGAAGAAAUUCAUACAAAAGUUGAGAAUGUUGAUACUGAAAUUGAUAACAAUGUAUCUACUGGUGAAGACAAUCAGGAUAUAGAUACAAAUGCUAAAUAUAUAGACUCACUUAAUACAGAAGAUGAGCUUAAUAUAUAUGGACAUAAGAAUCCAGAUGAAUCCAAAUCACUACACACAUAUGAUAAUGAAAAUGAUAGUAAAAAUGGAAUACUAAGGCAUAAGAUCUCAUUGGAUGAACCUUUUUGGAAGAAACAUGAAAUGUCAGAAGAAGAAGCAGUCGAGCAAUUCAAAGCAAGAGCGGAGAAUGAUAAAUACAAAAGCGCACCAUUCAAGUGUACAGAUUGUUUCAAAGGUUUCUCAAAAGAGAAUAUAUUAAAGAGACAUAAAAUCUUGAGGCAUAAUGAAAUAUAUAAAAUAGAAUGUCCAUUUUGUCACAUGCGUUUUAAGUUAAAUUGUUUCAUGCAGAAACAUUUGAGGGGCCAUUACACUAAGUAUGAAUGCAGGAGGUGUAAUGUGGUGUAUCCCUUGGAGGGUUCAGCAUUGUUCCACGAGGAGUUCCACAGCGGUGUCAUAAGAACCUGCAGACACUGCAAUGAGGAGUUCCGUCACUCGUCAACAUAUUAUUCUCACCUCCGAACACAUAAGAGUGAGUUCGUGUGUUGUGUGUGCGGGUCGUCGUUCGUCAGCGAGGCCGGACUCCAUCAACACAAGCGGAUCAAACACUGUGACAGUGUUGAAUCCCCUGACGAUGAGGAGAUGAACACUUUUUGCACUAAGUGUGACAUCAGCUUUGAGAGCAGGCCGGCCUACGACGAGCAUCUGCUGCAUUCCAUCAAACACAUAGAAGACAUUGAGAAUGAUAAUGAAGUUGUUCAAGACAAACGGAAGAAGGUUUUGGGCAAGAGAAUGAAGGAAAAGAUAACCGGUCAAUUGUCCAAGAAGUCAAGGAAUAUGACUAAGUCGGAGAGGAAGAGUUGUAAGAGGAGAAGACAACCGAGGAAACCAACCACCUGUCAUCAGUGCGGUAAACAUUUCGACACCCAGGCUGCGUGCAUGAAGCACCACGUGACGGAACAUCCGCGGACGUCCUUCACGGCUCCGCACCAGAGACACAUCUGUGAGAUAUGCGGAGCAUCCCUCGCGCCGGGGAGCGUCAUCGCUCAUCAGAACAUGCACAGCAGAGAAAAGGUCCACCCGUGUGAGACGUGCGGCAAACAGUUUUAUACGACCAUAUCUCUUAAGCGACACUCCGUGACUCACACCGGAGAGAAACCGUUCCCUUGUAGUUUAUGCGACAAGAGGUUCACACAGAGCAACAGCAUGAAACUCCACUACAGGACCUUCCAUCUCAAACAACCUUACCCAAAAAGAAAUAGAAGAAAGAAAAAGAUGAAUGAUAGCAUGGAAGAAUCUCACAGCGAAGACUCCAGUGACGUGAAGACCAAGAAGAAAACAGUUCAUGAACAGGGAGUCCAAGCCAGCGCUAUCACUGUACAAGUUAUAAGUGACACUAACAGCCUCUUCAACUUUUGUGGGUAGUUUGAAUUUAAUUUUUGUCUGAGAUAAAAGGUGUUCAGUAUUAGUGUUCAUAUUAUAAUAAAAAUAUGUGACAUA